CCAAGUGGCGGCGCCCGCGGCGGUGGGCGCGAGCGCGGCAUCACGUCGCUGCUUGCCGGACAGCGCCGACGCGUGCAUGGAUGGAUGCGUACCCGUGCUGCUGGCGCUGUGGGCCUACGCCACGCUGUCCGAGGAAGCUGUGCCUCUGACGGAAGGCGAAGUCGAAGCCAAGAAGAAGGCGGACAGCGUCGAGGCGUUGACCACCAUCAAGUGCCUAUCGCGGAGGCCUGGAGCCACUCUCGAGAAAGAGCAGAUAGGCGACGGUCAGAGCGGUGUCAAGGCGCGGAACAAGGCCCGUGUAGAAGACGACGCUGCCGAAGGCAACCAACAGGGCAACACCAACAACGUCGUCGAGGAAGCAGUUUGGAGGGAGUGCGACUUGCAGCUGAGCGAAAGCUGCAUCCAAUCUGCUAUGGAACCCUGCCAAUCCUUACAGUCCUGCGCAGACUACUCAACUUCUGUCCCCGCCCAACAAACGCCUGAAGAGGUCGUCCCAACCGACAAGUCUCACGCGGUGCCGAGCUACUCCGUGGUGGCCCGUGAAGGCGACGAGCUCCAGCUGUCGUGCGGCUCGGCGGGCGCCGACAGCUGGCUCGCACUCGGCGGCGAAACUCCGAGCCGCACGUUAAUGGGGACGGUGCGAGCACCCCGGGGGAGGACGACGCCAACGCCCGUAGCGCCAGACCUGAGGGGACGACUGCUGCGGUUCGGCCGCGUGCGGAGGCAGCACUCCCGUCGCUACACGUGCCGCUUCAAGUCAGCGCGUGGAUACCACGUCCUCGUCGACGUCAACCUUGUCGUUCAAUAUGCCCCGUCAGUGGAGCCUCUGGAAGUGCGGCGCGACGAGAAGGACUCCCGGUUGGUGUGCGUCGCGGGGGCGGAACCUUCGCCAGAGAUUGCUUGGCUCCGAGAUGACCAGCCACUUGCCGAGCACAUCACUCCUUCACUCAGGACUGAAAAUGCGUCGCAAGGCUGCCUUCGGAUAUCCAAGUUACACUUAAGCGAAGCCUCGGGUGACGCCGAGGUUCCUCACAAGUACACCUGCGUGGCACGUAACUCACUAGGCACAUCUAGCCGCUCACUCCUCCUCCGAAAUGAUGACAGCUCAACUCCUCCCAACGCCAGCGUUGUCCAGGAUCGCGACCCGUUGGACGGUGUUCCCGUAAAGCGAUUCAAGAUCACCGGCUUCGUGAUCGGCAUGCUGCCACCUCUGUUCAUCUCCUUCUACAUUAUCCUCAAGCUCGGGUACCGAUCUAGGUACGCCGAGGAAAGAGCCGAGGAAGCCGGAAUGAUGGAAGAACCUUUCUUCAUCAGUAACUAAGCCCGCCGUUUUGCCCAAACCACAACAGAGUGACUACCACCAAAUUGUACGCAGCUCUAGUCCUUCCUGGUAGACCAAUACCGUCCCAGGAAUUUUUGUUCGUUCCCACUUGUGUCUAGCGAGACGAGUUUUAAAUAUUUCUCUCUAACUCCUGCCGAAGGUUGGCUGGAGCGCCUACGACUGACUACAUUCACCCCCGUAUUCUAGAACGUCCCUUCACUCAACGCUUCACCUUCACUCAACGCUUCACCUUCACUUG